UCUGUCAAAAAAACUUGUUGUGCGUUCUCUAGUAAUCAUCUUUGACGCCUCAAUUCCUUCUAGGACUGUUGUAUGGUAGUUGUGUUGCUGUUCUUGUACCGCAGCCUGUAUUCAUCGCGAACUGGAAAGCAGCAUUACAAUGAGUGAUGUCGAAGCGGACGCUAGUCAUACAAGUGGCGGGGAGGUCGCAGGUAGUGGCGGCACCGAUUCGAGCGAAGCCCGGCGAGACAGAACGGAGUCAACCCACCCUAAAAACACUACAGAAUUUUCCAACAAGUGCCGAAAAGACUCUGUUUGCCUUUUAGUCUGUAGUGCGCUCGUCUUGACGCCUGGUGUUAUCCUACUGGCUAUUAACGGUGGUGAUACGGCUAACUUACGGUUGAUUUUGGGGUCAAUACUUUUGGUCAUAGGUGUUCAGAUUUUGGCAGUCGGGUGCUGCACAUUGUGUUGCAAAUCGGAAACAAACACUACUGAUCAGACGGUUGAAAUGAUGGCCUCUGGCGCUACACAAGCAAAUGUUUCAGGGACAGGGCCAACCGUCAUAACAGGGACGGGGUCAAACGUCAUGGUGCAUCCAACAACAAUCGCUGUGAUGAAUCCGCCAGGAGGCGCGACUGCACCAGCAGGACCAUGGCCAUAUCAUGCAGUCCCCGGAAUGCAGUACCCACCAUACUCCCCACAAUAUACCGCAAGUUUACCCUUUGGAUAUACACCUACCGGAGCGGUACCACAUCUACCAGCCGCUGUACAACCAAACUUUAUCACAGCUUCCGCCCCACCUCUGGAGAUUCCACUAUAUGGCGUCCAACCGGCCCCCAGUCACCCCCCUCCCCCUUCUUACGAAGAAGCCGUCGGUGUUGAGGAGACAGGAAUGUAGUCAUGUCUAUUUCACAGAUUUGAUACGAUAGCUGAUAAGAUGAUUCUAGAAAUAGUUUUAGAACUCAAUAGUAGUUUGGAGGCUUUUUGAUAU